AUGAAUUCGUUUAAUAUCUCUCGGAAACGUCCAUUUGGUUCCCCAGAUAAGGAAAAUGUAUGGCCAUCUAUGCUAGGCAUUGAAAUUAAUGACACUUGUAUUGCAAAAAAACAACCACGUCUUGCUCUUGGUUCAGUGAUUAUCGAUAAAAAUUUUCUUCAUUCAAUUCCAUAUUCACCACCAGAACAUUUCUAUAUUAAACCAGUUGAUCCGUGGUCACCAGUAAAAAAUGAUUCAGUUCAACUUAUUCCAAAACUUGAUCAUCGAACACCUCCUAAUCGUUCAGAUACACGUUUUAAAAAUGGUUCACUUCGACAAAUAUUAAAAUGGACGCGUUCAAUAGGUGAAUAUGGUGAUGGAAAUAAUGCAUUUCGUGAACCGAAUAGUGUUGCAUGGCUUGAUUGUGGAAAAAUAGCUGUUGUCGAUACGAAUGCACAUUGUAUAAAAAUGUUUGAUAGUGAAAGUGGACAAUUUCAAUUUUCGUUUGGUCGUGGACGAACAUUAGGUUGUCAAAAUUUACUUUAUCCAUAUCGUUUAGCUGUUGUACCUGAUGGUAAUGAUCAAUUAGUUGUUAUUCAACGUCAUCCACGUCCACAAAUUCAUAUAUUUAGUUGUCAAGGUGAAUUUAUACGACGAUUUGGUCAACAUUUAGAAAAACCACGUGCAUUAACUGUUGAUAAAUCACAUCGUAUACUUGUUAUUGAAUCACAAAUACAGAAAUUACAUAUAUUUUCACUUUAUGGACAAAUUCUUUCUGUAUUUUCAUUUGAACAACAUUUACAAUUUCCAACAUCAAUAUGUUCAAAUAAUUCGGAAAUAUUCAUAUCAGAUAAUCAUCUUCAUUCAAUAAAAGUUUUUUCUUAUACAGGACAAGUAAUACGUGAAAUCAAAGAAGAUAUUUAUAUACAAUUUCCAACAAAUAUUAAAUUGAAUUCGAAAGGACAAUUAAUUAUUAUUGAUAAUCAUCAAGGUUUAAAUAUAACAGUUUAUGAUGAAAAUCAACAAAAAAAACGUUUAGGUGCAUAUACAGCACGAAUAUGUCAUUCACAAAUUCUUGAUGUUACGAUUCAAACAAAUACAAAUAUUCUUCAUUUAGCAUCAAAAGAUUAUCGAGUUUAUACUUAUCAACUACCUUUGUGA